UAAGCUAGGUGGGCACGAAUUUUGUGAAUGCCACUUGACCUCUGGAUCCUAAGAUAUUUGUCAGUAGCAGAACCAUAGAUAUAAAGACACAGAACACUUCAGUUAUCAGCGUCUGUCUCUUAGGUAUAUUCAAAGUGAAAAUGGCUCAGAAUAAUCAGGGAAUUCAGCACCUUCUCCAGGCAGAGAAGAAAGCAUCUGAGAAGGUUGCAGAGGCAAGGAAAAGGAAGCAGCGCCGCCUGAAACAAGCCAAGGAGGAGGCACAGGCUGAAAUUGAGCGCAUCCACAAGGAAAAGGAUGCUAACUUCAGGGCCGUAGAAUCGGCGACCCUGGGAGACAAGGAUAAGAUGGCAGCUCAGAUUGACCUGGAGACCAGGAGGAAACUCCACGAGAUGGACAUCCUCGUUGGAAACAACAAGGAAGGGGUGGUGCAGCAGCUGCUGUCAUUGGUGUACAACAUCAAGCCGGAGAUGCACCCAAACGCCCGCCCCGAGAAACUGGGCGCCUAGAGGUCGGGGCGGCUGACCAGGCGCCGUCGCCGCCGGCGGCAGCCGCGCAGCCCGCUGCGGCCGAGCGCCGGCCACAGUCGGCCGGCCCGGCCCGGCUGACGGGCGCUCCCGCUCCGCUCCACCCCCCGCUGGCCAGGGCCGGCCGACACUGCCGUCUCAGCGAGGUCUGCGCGCGACUCUAUGCUUAGAUCUGUUCUCUAUCGAUCUGCAGCGCUCGCACGCUGGAUCUGCUCUCGAAACUUUGAAUCUUUGGCUUGGAUCUGUCGUCUGGUAGCAGAGCAGAGUUUCGAGUGUGUGAUGUGGUUCUACAACAUUCCCCUCAUGGCUCUGCUGCCAUAGUCUGUCGGUGCUGUAGUUUAUGUAUACUUGUGGUCAAUUAGUGCGAACUUGUGUUCCGGCUAGUCGCGCCCAUGAUAAUCUCGAAAAUAUAUGUACGGAAUAUGCUGAGCAGAAUAUGUUAAUAAAGUAUAUCAGGCAACACGAAA